AUGACCCAAGAUACCUUGUCCCCUGAAUUCUACCGUCAAGUCGAAAAAGCCGAUCAUAUUGUGUUUUCUGAUUUCGAUGGAACCAUCACUUUACAAGAUAGUAAUGAUUUCUUAACUGACACUUUGGGAAUGGGUUACGAAACACGUAAAGGACUAAAUGACGAAAUCUUGUACAAAAAGACCAGUUUCAGAGAUGGGUUCCAACAAAUGUUGGACUCGGUCCAUACCCCAUGGCCAGAAUGUAUCGAAUACCUUAAAAACCAUAUUGAUUUGGACACUGGAUUCAAAGAUUUCUACGAAUGGUGUCUUGCCCAUAACGUGUUGGUGGUGAUUGUGUCUAGUGGGAUGAAACCAAUCAUCCACAACUUGUUGGUCAAGUUAUUGAACGGGGAAGAUAACGUUUACAACCAACAUCCUUUGGAAAUCAUUGCCAACGAUGUGAAAAUCACCGAUGAACAGAAACAAUCGUGGGAUAUUGUUUAUAGAGACACCACCGAUUUCGGGCAUGACAAAUCGAUCGAGAUCAAGAAAAUCAUCAACUACAAGAACUCAUUCGCCGCCAGCAAAAACCAAUCCCACAAAGUCCAUUACUUCUACUGUGGUGAUGGGGUAAGUGACUUAUCAGCGGCCAGGGAAUCAGAAUUGUUGUUUGCUAAAUCAGGAAAAGAUUUGAUCAAGUAUUGUGAAGCCGAGAAGAUCCCAUACACCACAUUCCAGAGUUUCAAAGAUAUUCACCAAAAAGUCGAAUCGAUCCUUUCCGGGCAAAGCACCAUCGAUUCCUUCAAUGAAUUGGGAAAAUAG